UCAGAAAAUACUCCCUUAUCUUUUGCAUGUAAUUUAUUUUUGAGUUAGGUUCCUUGUCUUUUCGCUUUACCUUAUUGUUUGUCUUUUUAUAAUUAUUUGUUUCAUUGGGUUCCAUUCAGUUUCUUCUAUAGUUCUACUGUUUGCUUUUGAAUUCUUGAUGCUGUUGAUAGGUUUUUUUUGUUCGAGUUCCUCGUUUUGUUAAUGGUUGUUGGUGCUUGGCAGGCGACGAGUUUAAAAUUCUUUUGAAGGUUUAGAGGAAGGUGGAGAGGGUUCAUAGAACUCACAAUGGAGCAAUAUGAAAUUCUAGAGCAGAUAGGCAAAGGUUCCUUUGGUUCGGCUCUUCUUGUGAGGCAUAGACAUGAAAAGAAGAAGUAUGUCAUGAAAAAGACCCGUUUGGCUCGUCAGACUGAGAGAGCUCGCAGGUCUGCCCACCAGGAGAUGGAACUUAUUUCAAAAGUAAGAAAUCCAUUCAUUGUGGAGUACAAGGAUUCUUGGGUAGAAAAGGGAUGCUAUGUGUGCAUUAUCAUAGGGUACUGUGAAGGUGGAGACAUAGCAGAAGCUAUAAAAAAGGCUAAUGGUGUUCAUUUUCCUGAGGAGAAACUUUGCAAGUGGCUUGUUCAACUACUAAUGGCACUAGAUUACUUGCAUGCCAAACACAUACUUCAUCGUGAUGUUAAAUGUUCAAAUAUAUUUUUGACAAGAGAACAAGACACGCGCCUAGGUGAUUUUGGUCUUGCUAAAAUGUUGACUUCUGAUGACUUUGCUUCUUCUGUUGUGGGAACCCCCAGUUACAUGUGCCCUGAGCUUCUUGCUGAUAUACCUUAUGGUUCCAAGUCAGAUAUUUGGUCUUUGGGAUGCUGCAUGUAUGAAAUGGCUGCUUACAAACCAGCAUUUAAAGCUUUUGACAUGCAAGCACUAAUCAACAAAAUAAAUAAGUCUAUAGUGGCUCCUCUUCCUACUGUGUACUCUGGAGCACUCCGAGGGCUUAUUAAAAGCAUGCUGCGGAAGAAUCCAGAAUUUAGACCAAGUGCUGCAGAGUUGCUCAGUCAUCCACAUCUUCAACCUCAUGUUCUCAAGAUUCAACUAAAGUUGAAUGGCCCCAGGCGGAAUACUUUCCCUGUCCAUUGGUCUGAAUCCAACUUUAUAAAGAAAACUAGAUUCACAGAGCCAGAAGCUGUCUCCAUUUUUACUGACAGAGAGAAAAGGCGAUCAUUUAGCAAUGACCGGACAUUGAAUCCUAGUAUAUCUGAAACUGAGCAAGACUCCCCAGAUUCUUCACAUACAGCUGAACAAUUUGCAAGUUACUUGAACCAACAGUUCAAAGAAAUAUCUGUUAAUGUUGUCCAUGAAGAGAUUGAUAUUAACAAUGAAGUUGCUGCUAAAUUUUCAAUGGCUGCCAAAACUCCAAGAAUGACAUCUGCUAAAGUUUCUGCUACUCCAAAGAGACAAACAAUACCGUCAAAGAUACCCCAUACUGGUUUCAAACGUGAUUCGCUUCCAGUGUCAUGUACUCCAGCAAGCAAAUCUUCUCAACCUACACGCAGAGCAUCUCUUCCAUUCCCAACAAGAGCUUCAAGCUUAGCUACCCCUUAUAGGGCUAACAUCCGCCCUCUUCCUAGUGUGGAUUCUCCUGAUGUUUCUGUCAAUGCUCCAAGAAUUGACAAGAUUGCUGAAUUCCCAUUGGCUUCUUCUGACGAUCCUUUCAUUCCUAUCCGUGGAACGUCAUCGACUUCAGCACAAUCCUCUUCUUCAUCUCCAGACAUUGGAGACCGCUCAAUCACAAAAGACAAGUGCACUGUCCAGGUUUUGGACAGAGCUGUUACCAAGAUUCAUUUAACUGAUAGCAGCCAUGAAGUUGAAAAAACUGGCAGUGAAUGGUCAGAGCAUAAUCCAACAACUGCUGUUUCAAGCCGUUCCUCUCCAGAGUCACAACAGCGCAGGUUCGACACCUCGUCAUACCAACAGCGUGCAGAAGCAUUAGAAGGGUUGCUUGAGUUUAGUGCACGGCUCUUGCAACAGAAACGGUUCGAAGAACUUGCGGUGCUGUUGAAGCCGUUUGGACCAGAGAAGGUUUCUCCUCGAGAAACUGCCAUUUGGUUGGCAAAGAGCUUCAAGGAGACUGCAGUCUAGAGUACCUGAGUAUCGCAUGGUUAUUGCUGCUUGUCCAUAUUGACAUGUAACUUGAGAAAAUUAGGGCAUGUCUUCACACUCGAAGGCACUUAGAGAUGGUUUUAUGGAGCGGGAUUGAUCUCCAUUCUGUGAGGCUGUGUUUGAACUUUAAGUUAAUGAAAUGGAAAUUUUCUAGCAGCCA